AUGACAGGUGACGUGCAGAUCAUGGUUCAGAUGUGCCCUUACAAUGGGCAACUUAGAAGAACACUGAUCGAUUUCAUCGAUCUGAAAGGUCGUCAUACCCGUGCCAACAUCGCCGACAGUGUCUAUGCUGCUCUGCCGAAAUGUAACUGUGUCUCGAAGAUAUGUCCGUUCACUACGGACAGUGCCAGCACAAACUUCCGGGCUAUGGAUCUUCUUCGUGAGCGUAUGGUUGUUACCUUUGCUCAUCUGGGCUGUGCUGGGCACAAGCUACACUUAUCGGUUACCAACUCCUUUGGACUAUGCGUAACCGAGAGUGCUUCAGUCGAAGACAUAGGUAGGUCCCAGGAAGACAUCGAAUCUGGAUCGAAUGACGGUAACGAUGAUGUACCACAUGGUGAUCUCGAGCUCGGCGAUCUAGUGAGGGAGGACAACUCCUUUCUAGGUCAGGAUUACAGCAGUGAAAGCGAAUCCGAGAGCAGCCUCUCUGAGGAAUUCGAUCUCAAUAGCGACGAAGAUGCAGCGUGGGGAGUCGGUGUAGAUACUGUUGGUCUAGAUCUAAUAGGAGUGUGA